AUGCGCGCUCCGGCUCCGCUCCUUCGGAGUCUGAGCUCCAGAUCAACAUCCCUCUCUUCCCUACGACAUCUUCCCACACAGCGGUUCCCUUCAACUCGCGCCAGUCCACUCGCUCGAUCCGUUGCCAGCUACACCCAUCCCCAUCAUGCAUCCGCCAUAUCUGUCCUGCCCACGGCGGUGGAUACAUCCUCGUCGGAUUUCAAGGAGAACGCCCAACAAAUGACAGAACUGGUCGACCGGAUGACCAAUCUACACAGCACAAUCUCCCAGGGCGGGCCGCAAAAAGCGAAAGACAAACAUAUUGCCCGCGGGAAAAUGCUCCCUCGAGAUCGUGUCACGGCGCUCAUCGACCCGGGCACCUCAUUCCUCGAAUUGUCUGCAUUGGCGGGUCAUGAAGUAUACCCGGGCGAAGACGUUCCGGCCGGAGGCAUUAUCACGGGAAUUGGCACCGUGGAAGGGGUGACCUGCAUGAUCGUUGCGAAUGACAGCACCGUCAAAGGCGGCACCUACUAUCCUAUCACGGUGAAAAAGCACCUGCGGGCCCAGGCAAUCGCCCAGGAGAACAAGCUUCCCUGUCUCUACCUUGUCGACUCCGGCGGUGCCAACCUGCCUCACCAGGCCGAUGUCUUCCCGGACAAGGAACAUUUCGGCCGCAUCUUCUUCAACCAGGCCCGCAUGAGUUCUCUAGGCAUCCCGCAAAUCUCGGUGGUCAUGGGCCCCUGUACGGCCGGUGGCGCGUACGUGCCCGCUAUGAGCGACGAGACCAUCAUCGUUGAAAACCAGGGCACCAUCUUCCUGGCCGGCCCUCCCCUCGUUAAGGCCGCCACCGGCGAGGAGGUCUCCGCCGAAGACCUCGGCGGUGGUCAGCUGCACAGCACCAUCUCCGGCGUCACCGACUACCUCGCCGUGGACGAUGCGCACGCCCUCGUCCUGGCCCGCCGCUCCGUCGCCAACCUCAACUACCCAGCCACCAGCAUCCCCAAACACCUCUCCGACCAAGCCACCGCCAUCAAGGAACCGCUCUACGACCCGGCCGAACUCAACGGCAUCGUCGGCACCAAUCUCCGGCGCCAGAUCCCCGCGCACGAAGUCAUCGCACGCAUCGUCGAUGGCAGCGAAUUCGCCGAGUUCAAGCGCGACUACGGCACCACGCUGGUCACGGGCUUCGCGCGCAUCUUUGGCCACCAGGUCGGCAUCGUCGCUAACAACGGCAUCCUCUUCUCCGAGUCCUCGCUCAAGGGCGCCCAUUUCAUCGAGCUCUGCGCUCAGCGCAACAUCCCGCUCAUCUUCCUCCAGAACAUCUCGGGCUUCAUGGUCGGCGCUGACGCUGAGAAGGGCGGCAUCGCGAAGAACGGUGCGAAGUUGGUCACUGCCGUUGCGUGCGCUGAUGUCCCCAAGUUCACCGUCGUCUUUGGUUCCAGCGCCGGCGCCGGUAAUUAUGGCAUGUGCGGCCGUGCCUACUCCCCCCGCCUCAUGUUCAUGUGGCCCAACGCCAAAAUCGGAGUGAUGGGCUCAGAGCAGCUCUCGGCUGUAAUGGAAGCCGUCGGCCGCACAGCGGACCCAGCGCUGAAGGACCGCAUCGACCGCGAAUCCGAGGCCGUGUUCUCGUCCGCCCGGCUAUGGGACGACGGGGUGAUUCCGCCGGCUCAGACGAGACAGGUUCUGGGGUUGAGUUUGGCGGCUGCGUUGGGAGGAAAGGGAGAUGGGGAUGUGAAGACGAGGUUUGGGGUAUUUAGGAUGUGA